AUGUCCUAUGGACGAGAAAGUCUCAGACUAUGUAGAAAAUUUUCACGCUGGAGCCUUCGGCUUCGCAACGAGAAACCAGAAUCAGCUUCUUCUAAGGGAGGACCAAUAGAGAAGAAGCGCCAAGAAAACAACGAAGAUUUAGUGGUGACCAUUGCCGUGCGGUCAGACUUCAAAGCCAAAGGUGUUUGUAGACAACGCUAA